UUCAAUAUUUUCCUUUUUCUUUUUCCCUCUUAGAACCUCUUUUCCUUUCCACGUUUCUCCUAAUCACAAAGAAAGAAGAGAAUAUUAAGGCCAGGGUUUGCGUUUUCGUGUCUAUUUUCUGUUUCAGGGUUCAGAAAUUAGGUUUAUGCCCUCAAGUUUUAAAACUACUCAAUCAAGAAGAACUUCUUUCUGCCUUCAUUAGUGCACUGUGUAGUUGAGAUUCUCUUUUCCCACGUGAGUGCAAGUACCUGCAUACUUUCUUAUGCCAUCUUCAAUACCACAUCUGUGGCAGGCACGAUUUCUUAUAAAGCUAUAUGAUGGGGGUUAUAAGAAGUAUUUUUACCUGUAAAAUAAGUUCUAAAUUUGUGGAUACAUAUUGGUGUGCCCCUUUUGUUAGCUUUUCUGAGUAGAUAUAGAACACAAAGUUCAACUACAUGGCGUGGAGGGGGGUUUUCUAUGUUUUCUUUAUGCUCCUCUCAGUGGCCGAGUCUUCAAGUCAGUCAGGGAAAGUUUGGUCGGUCAACCUUGGAGGUGAAUUGAUCUAUAGCUGGCCGGUUCUCACUGCUGGAGUAUCUGUUCUUGUUGCUCUUUCUCUAUCUUUGUUUCUUAUAUUCGAGCAUAUAGCUGCUUAUAAUCAGCCCGAGGAACAGAAAUUUCUGAUCGGAAUCAUCCUCAUGGUGCCUGUUUAUGCAUUAGAAUCAGUAUGUGAUCUCACAACCUUCUAUUUGAGAAGCUCCUUUUUAUUUUGGAUAGCAUUGAAGUUCUUGUCGUUAGUGGAUCCGAAUUCAGCAUUUAUCUAUCAAACAAUGCGGGAUUGUUAUGAGGCGUUUGCUUUGUACUGCUUCGAGAGAUACUUGAUUGCUUGCUUAGGUGGUGAGGAUAGUACAAUUAAAUUUAUGGAAACACACGGCCAAAUCACUUCCAACACGCCUCUCUUAGAAGCAGCAUAUGAAGAUGGAGUUGUUAGGCACCCAUUUCCACUAAAUUGCUUUUCAACCGGGUGGUACCUUGGUCCUGAGUUCUAUCAGGCUGUAAAAAUCGGCAUUGUUCAAUAUAUGCUAUUGAAGACAAUAUGUGCGCUGCUGGCAAUUGUUUUUGAACUCUUUGGGGUGUAUGGAGAAGGGAAGUUUGAAUGGAAAUAUGGGUAUCCCUAUCUGGCAGUUGUUCUAAAUUUCAGUCAAACGUGGGCCCUUUAUUGCCUUAUACAGUUUUAUACUGUUAUUAAGGAGAAGUUGGCACCUAUCAAUCCCCUUGCUAAGUUUUUGACGUUCAAAUCGAUUGUAUUUCUAACAUGGUGGCAAGGUGUUGCUGUUGCAAUUCUCUUCUCCAUGGGUGUUUUUAAAGGGUCUUUGGCUCAACAGCUGAAAACAAGUAUUCAAGAUUACAUCAUCUGCAUUGAGAUGGGCAUAGCUGCUGUGGUGCAUCUUCACGUUUUCCCAGCUAAACCAUACAUGCGUGGGGAUAGAUGUGUACGUAAUGUAGCUGUACUGGAUGACUAUGCAGCACUGGGAACCCCUCCAGAUCCAGAAGAGGUUCGAGAUAGUGAAAGAUCUACUAGGAUGAGCCCUUCUAUCCCUCAUGAUAGAGAGAAAAGAUUAAGUUUCCCACAGAGUGUCCGUGACGUGGUCCUUGGAAGUGGUGAAAUUAUGGUAGAUGACAUGAAGUUCACAGUUUCACAUGUAGUAGAACCAGUGGAACGGGGAAUUGCACGGAUACACAACACAUUCCAUCAGAUUUCUGAAAAUGUGAAGCGGCAUGAGCAGCAGAAGAGGAAUUCUAAGGAUGAUAGUUUUCUAAUCCCCUUGCAAUCAUGGUCGAGGGAAUUUUCAGAAGCACAUGAUCAUCUUCUUGAAGGGAGUGUCAGUGAUAGUGGUUUGGCUGGUGGAAGGAGACCCUAUUCCCAAACCAGAGCUCCAACUUCUAGGCUGAAAGAUAGAUAGUUCUUAUGAACAACAUCCUGUAAGGGUUGCAGCGGGUACAAGGAUGAGGAGGUUGAAGACUCUACUAAUAUCUUUUACUGACAAACAAAAAGAAAAUACACACAGACGCUCAUAUGGCUGAGAAGAUCUGGUCAAAGCUACACUGUAUAGCUAGGUAGUCUAUGAAAAUUUUGCCAUUCAAUAUUUAGUUUGGGAACACUCAAUAAUUAGGUCCUAACAUCGUCUGUAACACAAACUUUUGAACUUGUACAUUCCUAUAAUAUCCUGGUGGAUUCUUUGUUUUCAUAAUGAAAACUUUCUGCAUCUCC